AUGGCCUCGGCGCCAGCCAGCGUGAGGGUCUCCGGGCCCCCAAAUAGCAGCUUUCUCAUCGGCUACCCUGGCAUCUCAGCCACCUUGCUGCCCUCUGUCUUACCCCAAGCCUUCCCGACCGCCUCCUCGUCUGCUUACCAACCUGUGUCGCAGCCCCGAAUAGAAGGCAAAGUCGAGAUUCGACCGGGGCAAGGCUAUUCUAUGCCCGUACCCGUAUCGUUAGUCCGAAUAUGUUUACAACGACGGGAAACUAUCCACCCCGAUGCCGAUAGUUUGACGAAACGCCACCUCGGUACCCCACGAAAAGAGACGACGGAUGUUGUUGGCAAGGAAGUCCUGCUAUUCCGUUGCGCAACUGGAAAGGAGGCUGAGAGUGUCAUCGCCAUGGACCUACCGUUUGUGCUGUUUAUCCCUUUUGGACGUGGCGGAGAAGAAACAAACCGGAGGAUCCCCCCUGCGUCUCUGCAGCUCCCAAGCAGGACAGCCGAGACGUAUUACGAACUUGUUGUCACCGUACAGCAAGGCCAUAGCAAUCAAUACAAAUACAACUUUCCGGUACCAUUACAACGAUACGACACGCUCUCCACAUUUGGCAUGUAUAACAAGCCAGAAACGAAGCUCGUCACAUCAGAUAAUGUCGUUCAUCUGGGCAUCAACCUACCGCGAUGGAGUUACGGCCCCGGCGACCCCAUCACCGUGUACAUCAAGCUAUCACCCAACCCAGACUGGUUGACCAAAGCAAAACGGGUUAGCAUAGAAAAGAUUACUCUCGCCAUCGAGGAGGAAGUUACAUAUAACCACGAAGGGGAUGAGCCGGUAAAGAAGGUCAACAAACUGUGCAAGCAGCUACAGACGGUCAAGAUGAAGGUCCCAGAGGCCGGAUACGCCACCAACAUCGGACUCGUGUUUCCGUGCAAAGACUUGAGAGAUCCCGAUGGCAUUGUGAGGAGAGGCAAGCCAGCAUUUCCAUUGUACGAGGUUUCGUCAUUUACCACUACGGCAUCACUCUACAAGAUUGAGUUUUAUUUAAGCAUCAAGGUUCAGUUAAGUGGUGCUCGCGACGUCAACCUGAGACAACCCAUCGUUAUAUGCCCUCUUGACCAGCAAGCUUGCAAGGAAGAAAUGGACGCAAUAGAGCAAGCAGCAAAGGAUGCAGCUCAUGUCGAUCCCAACAAUCCGAUGUUGCCUGCUCGAACUAUUAUUUUGGCUAAUGACCGGGACUCAUUGCGGGCCCUGGGCUUGUGUCUUGUUGGAGGACAGAAGAAGCCGUUUAUUGAUUAA